GCUUCUAAGCCUGUGUCCAGGGAAGAAACGUCGCUGCCCUGAGGAGCGCCAGCCCUCCAGGACUACAUGCAGACACAGGACAGUAACGUCCAGUACAGCCGCUGGGAGCCGGGCAGCCAGGCCGGGGUCAGCAUGGACACCGAGCCCAGCACCGGGAGUGCCUCCAGCUGGCGCGGGCUCCUGGGUGCUGCAGCGGCCCCACCGGGUGCUCCCUGGGGCCUCUCUGGGAGGCUGCGUGUGGCUGUGAAGGCGCUGGGCGCGCUGGGCCUGGCCUGGGCCAUCUUCAUCCUGGGCUACGUCACCGGCUACUACGUGCACAAAUGCAAGUGA